UUGAGACAAACACAUUCAAGAAUACCAUUCAGAACUUACCUUUGUUUUAUGUACAAAAUGGGGCUUCAGUCCCUUUGUGGCAGAGUCCUUCUGGGACUGUCCCUGUCUUUACUACUCUCUAGUUUCUGCAUUGCUGAUGACAACACAAUUAAGGUGGUUGGUCUUGGAGAAUGCGCUGAUUGCAAGGAGAAUAACAUUAACACCAUUCAUGCUCUCUCAGGACUUCAUGUAAGCAUUGACUGCAAGCUUGAGAAUGGAGAAAUCAAAACAAGGGGUGAAGGAGAACUUGACAAAGAUGGCAAGUUUGAAGUGUCACUUCCUGAGGAGAUGAUGAAAGAUGGCAAGCUGAAAGAGGAAUGCUAUGCACAAUUACACAGUGCAUCAGCUGCACCAUGUCCAGCACACAAUGGCAUUGAAUCAUCCAAGAUUGUGACCAUCAAAACUGAUGGAAAACACACAUUGAAACCAGCUGGAAAUCUUAAGUUCUCAACACCCUUGUGCACUUCUGCUUUCUUGUGGCCUUACUUCAAGUACCCACCAUUGCCAAAGUUGCCACCUUUCCCAAAAGAUCAUCCUUGGAUGAAGAAGUUCCCUAAGUUGCCACCAUUGCCACCAUUGAAUCACUGGGGCCAUCCUUUCCCUCUUCCCCCUAUUCCUCCCAUUUUUAAAAAGCCAUGUCCCCCACCAGUAGUAAAGCCCCUUCCUCCUCCAGUUCCCGUUUACAACCCAACACCAGAGCCACCAGUAGUAAAGCCACUUCCUCCUCCAGUUCCCGUCUACAACCCAACACCAAAGCCCACACCAGAGCCACCGGUGCUAAAGCCACUUCCUCCUCCCAUUCCUGUUUAUAAACCAAAACCAAAGCCUCCUCCAGUUCCCAUUUACAAACCAAAACCAAAGCCUCCUCCAGUUCCCAUUUACAAACCAAAACCAAAGCCUCCUUUGGUUCCCGUCUACAAGCCCAAACCAGAGCCUCCAGUUAAAAAGCCAUGUCCCCCAAAAGUUCCAACUUACAAACCCAAGCCCAAACCAAAGCCACCAGUAGUAAAGCCACUUCCUCCCCCAGUUCCAGUUUACAAGCCACCAGUCGUAAAGCCACUUCCUCCUCCAGUUCCAGUUUACAAGCCACCAGUAGUAAAACCCCUGCCACCACCUGUUCCAAUUUACAAAAAGCCAUGCCCACCACUUCCACACCUUCCACCUUUACCAAAAAUUCCUCCAUUCCACCAUAAACCCCUGCCACCAAUAGUGAAGCCACUUCCUCCUCCAGUUCCAGUUUACAAGCCACCAGUAGUAAAACCUCUACCACCAAUAGUGAAGCCACUUCCUCCUCCAGUUCCAGUUUACAAGCCACCAGUAGUAAAACCUCUGCCACCACCUGUUCCAAUUUACAAAAAGCCAUGCCCACCACUUCCACCUUUCCCUAAAAUUCCUCCAUUCCACCAUCCACUCUUCCCACCACUUCCUCCUAAGAUUCCUCACCCAUAGACCAAAACAUUUAAUUGAAGAGUUCCUUUGGGUGCAUGUAGGCCUGAAUCUUUUUCUGUUUAGAAACCUUAAAAAUUAUUUGCAAUUUAUGAAAUAAAAUCGACCGCCAAAACAUUCAAGAGAAUGUCAAAGAGAAAGAUCAGAGAAACAGGAAAGUUAAUGGGAUGGAGAGUUAAUUUCACUCUGUUGGUUUGUUUAGUUGAGUUUUCAUGCAAAUGUUUGUAUAUCUUCAAGUGAAUCAUGGUCCGGUGAAUAAUCGCUAGUGUAUACACGGAUCUUUUUAUGUUAUUGUUUUUUUCUCAUUCAUGAAAACCUGUACUACUCAUCUCUUUUUAAUGCAAUAUCGUUGGUUUUUCUUAUUCA